UUGGCUGGUGGGGAGCAAAAGGGUGCACGCUGUGAAGUCAGGCCUUGAAAUCGCCACGAGAUUUGGCGGGGGAGGGAGGUGGGAAGAAAAGAGAACUGUGACUAGAACUCUGGCACCAGCCACAAAUGGCUUCACCCAGAGGCAAAGGCAGCCACAGUGACACUUCCUCAAAGCGAAAGUGAAAGAAAGAGAAGUGGGCCGAGGACAGAAGGAAGAGCAACCAGCAAAACACGUUUGGAGAGACCUUCCUUCUCCAGCCAGGACCUUGCAAACAGGGAGGCCGUGGAGAAGGGCAGCCGGUGCGGGGGGCCUGAGAGCAGCCUCCAUGGGGAUGGAGGAGGGGUGGUGCCUGCUGCUCUGCUUGGCUCUGUCCGGAGCGGCAGACACAGCAGAAAGCCAGUGGCGGCCAGUGGAUGUGGUCUUGGACUGCUUCUUGGUGGAGGAAGGCAGGCAUCGUUCAGGUUUUCCUAGCAGCGAGAACAUGGUGAAAGCCUUGCUGGUGCUGAGGCAGGUGCCAAUGCUGGACGAUGGCUCCCUGGAAAGCUUCACUGAUUUCCAAGGAGGCACACAGGCCAAAGACGGCUCACCUGUUACCUUUGAAGCCUCAGUGGACCUGGUACAGAUUCCCCAGGCUGAGGCCUUGCUCCAUGCUGACUGCAGCGGGCAGGAGGUGACCUGUGAGAUCUCCCGCUAUUUUCUCCGGGCCAGACAAGAGGCCACUACUGAGACAGCUGCGUGGUUCAUUACCAACAUGCAGAUAUCUGAAGGGGGACCUAGCGUCUCUAUAGUGAUGAAGACUCUCAGGGAUGCUCACGAUGGGGCUGUUUUGCACCCCACACUGCACCUACCCCUGGGCCCGCAGGGAACUGUGCAGACCGCAGUGGAGUUCCAGGUGACAACACAGACCCCAUCCCUGAAUUUCCUGCUGGGGUCCUCAGCCACCCUGCAUUGUGGCUUCUCAAUGGCACCAGGCUCGGACCUCACCAGCGUGGAGUGGCGGCUACAGCAUAAAGGCAGUGGCCAGCUGGUGUACAGCUGGACUACAGGGCAGGAGCAGGUCAAGCGGGAGGGCGCUACCCUGGAGCCUGAGCAGCAACUCACAGCUGGAAAUGCCUCCCUCACCCUCCCCGGACUAACUGUGAAGGAUGAGGGGGCCUACAUUUGCCAGAUCACCAGCUCUCUGUACCAAGCUCAACAAAUCAUCCACCUCCACAUCCAAGCUUCCCCCAAAGUACAACUGAGCUUGGCAAGUAAAGCUCUGCCACUCACCCUCAUCUGCAACAUCGCCGGCUAUUAUCCUCCGGACAUAACUGUGACAUGGAUCCGAGAGGAGCUGGGUGGAGCCCCAGUCAAAAUCUCUGAUGCUUCCUUCUCCAGCCUCCGGCAAAGCCAAGCAGGCACCUACAGCAUCUCCUCCUCUCUGAAAGCAGAACCUGGUUCUGCAGGUGCUACUUACACCUGCCAGGUCACCCACGUCUCCCUGGAUGAGCCCCUUCAGGCCAGCACCUGGACUGCCCCACCAGACCAGAGAACUACGGCCUUUGGAGUCAUUUUUGCCAGCAGCUUCUUCUUUCUUGCACUGUUGUACUUGGGGCUUCAGAGAUGGCAAGCUACCUCACCCAAGGUCUGUCAAGACUCUAAGACCCAUUGGGUAGCCACUCUCCUGCCUGAGAGUAAAAAGAAAGACUAAUCACGUUCUCCCAGAAGGACUCUAAGCCUGGGCCCAGAGCUCAAAAAAGCCCCGAGAAAAGCAUAAAGAAAGCACAGAUCACGGCAGCUCUGGCUCUGAAUGUGCACAGGCAUCUGCCUUCACUGUGUCCCUGGACUAAACAGAGAAAACACGAAGAGGUGAGAGGGCAGCAGGAAGGCAGAAUGUCCGGGGAGAGGCUGACAGAUCUGAGGUGCGGUGGUAGGGAA